AUGAUUGAAACUGGUUCUUUUCUUUCGUAUUUAGCUAUGUUGACAUCCGAUUGGGAUUCAUUCCACAUAGUAAAAUGGAUCCACAUAAUUAACGUGACAAGUAUCAAGAACUAGAAGAGGUGUAAAGAUAAUCCUGAACAAUGGGGAACCUUCAUUAGAUAAAAAUAGAAGGUCAUCUCCUCUGGGAUAUAUAUCCACCGACAUGAAAUGACUUGAACUUGAAUUAGAACAAGAAGAGUAAGAUAAUCUUGACAGCCAGAUGGUAGCAAAAUGAUGGUGCCGCGAUAUGCUUGUGAAACGUACUGCGCCCCAUGUGAUAGAGGGGCUAAUAUGAUGGAGUAGGUUUGAUAGAGGGGGUAGUAUGCUCCGCCUGCUGCCGGUUUGCGAACUGGAUAAAGGUCAC